CACGUCUUGUGUAGCAGGUGUCAGUCCGUCUUGUGGUGUGCUACAUACGCGACAUGUUGACAAUAACGAUCCUGAUACUAUAUAUCGCGUCAUCGUAUUGCUCUGCUUCACAGCCAUUCUGUACUCUCGACGUGAGUGUUAACAACUCCAGUGAUGACAGAAGUUUCUACGGCAGACACGGCCAUCAUUCGAACUGUCACAGACUCUCGAAUACUUUUUGGACUACGCCGAAAAGUGACUUUAGACACGGAAAAGAUGUUUGGAAGGCAAUUUCUGAUGCGCUUUGGGCGUUUUCCCCUGAACCUGCGAAUAACACAGAAUGCACGCGACACAGCAAACUUUAUAGAGAACACAUCACCCGGCACACGCUGUGGGCUGUUCAAAUGCUGGAAUCAUCAACCCUGUCACCUAGUGGAAUCCUCUCGGGAAAUUCUGAUCAGCUGGGCCACUUUGAUUCCUGUCUUGGGGUGCAGCUGAAAAGUGAAGGUUUAGUAGGACAAUAUUGUCUAGCCACUCUGCACCUCUCACCCACCCCGAGAGCGUAUCCCACAUAUUUCCUCGAAGGCCACAGAAGCGAUCCCCUGAGUCUCCAUUAUCCUCCCAACCUUUCUUUCUGGGACAAACUAAAGGUGACCAAGGAUCCAUCCAAGAAGGUGCGUGGAGUAGUGCGGUGGGCACUAUGCUUGCCAGCCUCAUGCCGAGUGGAGGAUAUUCAUUCUACCCUACAGAGAACGCUACAGACUCUACGACCUGCAGGGCUUGAAAUCAGGGCAGACCUAACCAGCAGAGCCUGUACCUCCACAGUUGACUCUGAAAGCCAGAGCCCUUCUGCUGCCUAUUACUUCAUCAAGUGGCUCUUAAUAAUGAGCUCGGUUUGUAUGGUUUUAGCCUCUGCCUAUGACAUGUUGGUGUACAGGAAACACAUUCAGAAAAAUAAACCUCCAGGAGUUGGAACUCAACUGAUGCUUUGCUACUCAAUAUAUGAGAAUCUGAGUGCCCUCAACAGACCGGACCCGUCAACUGAUCUGGCUGUAAUCCAUGGUAUGAGGACAUACUCUAUGUUCCUUAUUAUUUUGGGACAUCGCUGCCUUUUCUCCUAUGGUGGUCCUUUUCAUAACCCUGAGUUUCUAGAAUAUAGAUACCGUCGCUUUGAAGAUAUCCUGUUGUUGAAUGGCACUCUAAUUGUAGACACAUUCUUUGUACUCAGUGGAUUUCUCACUUGCCGAAUGUUAUUCCUAGAACUGAAGAGAAAAGGGAAUUUCAGACUCAUCGCUAUAUAUUUAUACCGAUGGCUUAGGAUAACACCCAUAUACAUGCUGAUGGUGGUAUGUUACGCUGCAGUGCUACCACAUCUCGGAAGUGGCCCAGUGUGGAAGUUGAAGGCAGGUUUGGAGGCAGAGCGCUGCAGCAACAACUGGUGGACCAACCUUCUGUAUAUAAACAAUUAUAUCAAUGCGGAUCAGAUGUGCAUGUUUCAGUCAUGGUAUAUAUCAUGUGACAUGCACUACUCUCUGGUUGCCCCUCUGGUGGUUUACUGUCUGUGGCAGAGUCCACUUGCAGGGAUGUUUCUUCUUGGACUUAUCCUCACACUGGCAGCCCUUGUGCCCUUUCUGAUCACCUAUAUAGGCAGAUACGAUGGAGUGCUCCGUGUUUACAUGAGCCUGCUAGUUGACCCAGGGCAAGUGGACUAUUACCGAAAUGUGUAUAUAAAGAGCCACAACAGAGCAGUGCCAUAUGUAGUGGGAAUGUCAGCAGCUUACAUCUACACACAUUUAAAGGGCACUGGAUAUAAACUAACUGUGAACCAAGUAGGAGUUGGUAGUAUUGUGGCAGCAAUUGUUGCUCUGACGUCGAUGAUGGCAGCCUGGAUAUUCUACAUCCCCGGCCGACCUUACCAUCCUCUGGAGAAUGCUCUCUACAGCCCCCUGCACCGGCUUGGCUGGGCCUCUGCCAUGUCCUGGAUUAUUGUUGCUGCUGGUCUCACGGGGUUUGGUAUUUUAGAGCCCAUCUUGAGUAUGAAGUCCUUGGUGCCUCUCAGUCGACUGACAUACAGCGCCUUCCUUGUCCACGGAUUGGUACAACUUUACUCCGUAGCUACUCUCAGGGUUCCUGAGUACAUGUCUUUUCCUAAGCUUUUCUGGAUGUGGUUGGGGGAUGUGACAGCAUCAUUCAUUCUUGCUCUUGUUCUACAUCUUUUGGUAGAGGCUCCAGUGACUAGUCUGUUCAAAUUGAUACAGCCUAAACGAAAAGUAAUCAAAGAGGGCUGAACGGAUACUGGACUGAUGGACCAAAUCUUCAGCCGUGGACUCCAUCCUUAAAGUGUUACCAUUGAAGGAACCAAACAAUAUAGCAAUAAAGAGAAAAAUGAAACUGAUUUAAUAAUUUAAAUUAAAGAACUGUUUUAUAUUUGU